GAUUGACUCACAUUCAUAAUUCAUCCAGAUAAACAAAGGGACUAAAUCCCAGGUUCUGUUCAACAGCAGCCAACAGAUUCUAUCUUGUAGUCCUGUAUUUUUUUGGUGGUCAAACGAGAGUUUCAGCAACAAUGAAUACUGGACAACUGACUCUAAUGGGAUCCACUGUAUGUGUGAUGCUUACAAUGCAUUUCUCACUACAGCUUCUUUCAGAACAUAUAUUUUGUUGGAAGAAGCCAAAGGAGCAAAAAGCAAUAAUAGUUAUCAUACUCAUGGCUCCCAUAUAUGCUGUUGACUCGUUUGUUGGUCUAAUAGACAUCCAAGGAAGCAAGGCAUUUUUUAUGUUCUUGGACUCAAUUAAGGAGUGCUAUGAAGCUUUGGUGAUUGCAAAGUUUUUGGCUCUGUUGUACAGCUACCUGAAUAUAUCCAUAAGCAAAAACAUAGUGCCAGAUGAGAUCAAAGGAAGGGAGAUUCACCACUCAUUUCCAAUGACUCUUUUUCAGCCUCACACUGCUCAUUUGAACCAUCAUACACUGAAGCUUCUCAAAUACUGGACAUGGCAAUUUGUUGUAAUUCGCCCUAUCUGCUCCAUUUUGAUGAUAACUCUUCAACUUCUUGGGUUGUAUUCAAGUUGGAUCAGCUGGACAUUUACCAUUGUGCUGAACAUUUCUGUGUCACUGGCUCUCUAUUCUCUUGUUGUUUUCUACCAUGUAUUUGCUAAGGAGUUGCAACCACACAAACCUCUUGCCAAGUUCUUGUGCAUCAAAGGAAUUGUCUUCUUCUGCUUUUGGCAGGGGAUUGUGCUUGAUAUUCUCGUAGCUUUGGGCAUAAUCCGGUCAUAUCAUUUCUGGCUUGAUGUGGAACACAUAGAAGAAGCUCUUCAGAAUGCAUUAGUUUGUGUAGAGAUGGUUUUCUUUGCUGCUUUCCAGCAGCAUGCAUACAGUGCCAUACCAUACAGAGAUAACUACACCACAUCAACAACGAUACCGGAUAAGAAGAAAGAUUGAUUCAGGGAUUCCCACCAAUGAAACUGAAAAACUUUUUUGUGCUCUUUAUGAUCCAUACUAGAUAUCCGCAAUCUUCCCAACAUUUCAUGUUUAAGAGAUGCAAGUUGCUCUUCCAUGUGCAAUCUAGUUACUUUUCCCAAUUUAGCUUCAGCUUAUACUUCUGGUAUUUAUUGGGUUAAGUCACUUCCUCUAUUGUAAGUACUAAAAUUGAUUUAUCUUUCUUUGUGUUACAUAAGCAAUGAAAGAAACGACGAAAA